UCAGCAUCACGAAAUAUUACUUCUUCAACACGUAAUAUUACCACUUCGUCAACACUAUCGACACGUAAUAUUACUACUUCGUCAACACUAACACCACAAAAUACUAAUACUACAGUUUCUUCAUCUCCCUUUAAACUCGUUAUUCCGCCAGAUAUUUCAGCCUCAAUAGGUCGAACUCAAUCUAAAUCUCAACGAAAUUUAACGGCUUCAGAUAUUAUUAAAAAAUAUCCUAAUAUUAAUGUACCAAAAAGUUAUCGUUCACAUCAUGAAGAAGGAGCACCAAGAAGUGAUCGACCAAGUAAUGAAGAAGCGGGUAAUUUUGAGUUAGGAAAUUUAAAAAAAGAAACUCUUCGACUACAGAACGAAUUAAAACAAGAAAAGUCCAAAGUAGCCGGAAUGAAACGAAAAAUAGAUAAUUUAGAAGACCAUGUUCGUAGUAUCGAGGAGGAGAACUCCAUGUUACGGGAUUUUAAUGAAAUUUUUAAAGAACUUCAACAAUCCAAACAACUUCACAUACCUCAAAAGAUUAUUAAUCCUCCGCAGCAAUAUUCACCAAAACGUUCCAAUAAAAGAUUAAAAUCGAGAGAGGAAUCUCCUGAUGAAGUUACCGCUACAGAUGCAAGAGCUGAAAUGAAGAACCUCUUGAAAGGUCAAAUACCCGAAGAAUAUCGGUUGGAUUAUGGUAAGACUUUCAGUGAACAGACAGUAAAGAUAUACGAAAAAUUGAUACCUGAAUUAAAGAAGUUGAUGAGUGGACAUUAUAAUCCGUCGAAAAAAAAUAGACGAGUAAAGGCCUCAAUAAAAUUAUACGAAAGAAAUGAUGCCAACAUACAGGAAUUCGAUAAAGAUGAAUUAUUACCAAUGCUCCUACAGAAUGAUUGUCAUUCGAUUGAGCAAUUGAAUUCCGAAGACGAAUCAAGACAGAAAUUGCCUAAUAACAAGUGGUUCCUGCAUGUAUACGAUCAGAAAUGGCGUUCGAACAAGUUAAAAUACCUAUUACGAAACGUAUUGGACCCUGAAGCAGAAUAUAUUCAACACUCAAAAAAGCAAAGAGAGAGAAUUUAUGAUGAUGACAUGUAUUUUACGUCUAGUGAACCUCUCAAUAAUGCGCCCGAAUGGGCGCUCGAUAAAGCGAAAAUGUACGAAACUGAUGAAACUAACUAA